AUGGUUCGCGGAUCGCUCGGCAAGCUUGCGUCGCGCGCCCUCUCCGUCGCCGGGAGAUGGCAGCACCAGCAGCUCCGCCGCCUCAACAUCCACGAGUACCAGGGCGCGGAGUUGAUGGGGAAGUACGGUAUCAACGUGCCCAGGGGCGCGCCGGCUGGGUCCGUACAGGAGGUCAAGGACGCCUUGAAGAACAUCUUCCCCAGCGAGAAAGAGAUAGUUGUUAAAAGUCAAAUCCUUGCUGGUGGCCGUGGGCUGGGAACUUUCAAAAGUGGGCUGCAAGGUGGUGUCCAUAUUGUUAAGGCUGAGGAAGCUGAAUCGAUUGCAAGUAAAAUGUUAGGCCAGAUUCUGGUAACGAAACAAACUGGUCCAGAGGGAAAGAUUGUGAGCAAGGUCUACUUGUGUGAGAAACUAUCUCUUACUAAUGAGAUGUACUUUGCCAUCACCCUUGAUAGGAAAACUGCUGGUCCGCUCAUUAUUGCUUGCAGCAAGGGAGGAACCAGUAUUGAAGAUCUUGCGGAGAAGUAUCCUGAUAUGAUUAUUAAGGUUCCUAUUGAUGUAUUUAAAGGAAUCACAGAUGAGGAUGCAGCUAAAGUUGUUGAUGGUCUAGCCCUGAAGGCAGCGGAUAGGCAGUCUUCUAUAGAACAGAUUAAGAAGCUGUAUGAACUUUUCUGCAAGUGUGAUUGCACAAUGCUGGAGAUAAAUCCUCUGGCGGAGACUGCUGACAACAAGCUUGUUGCUGCUGAUGCAAAGUUGAACUUUGAUGAUAAUGCUGCAUUUAGACAGAAAGAAAUAUUUGCACUGCGUGAUACCACUCAGGAAGACCCCAGGGAGGUCGCUGCUGCCAAAGCAGAUUUGAACUAUAUUGGUCUUGAUGGAGAGAUUGGUUGCAUGGUGAAUGGAGCAGGAUUGGCCAUGGCGACCAUGGAUAUUAUAAAGUUGCAUGGUGGUACGCCUGCCAAUUUCCUUGAUGUUGGUGGAAGUGCAUCAGAGGGGCAGGUUGUGGAAGCUUUUAAGAUACUGACUUCAGAUGAUAGAGUGAAGGCAAUUCUAGUGAACAUUUUUGGGGGCAUUAUGAAGUGUGACGUGAUAGCAAGUGGAAUUGUUAAUGCUGCUAAACAGGUUGACCUGAAGGUUCCUGUUGUUGUUCGGUUGGAAGGCACCAAUGUAGACCAAGGAAAGAGGAUUCUUAAGGAAAGUGGAUUGACUUUGAUCACUGCAGAAGAUCUUGAUGAUGCGGCAGAGAAAGCUGUAAAAGCAUCCGUCAAAUAA